AUGGCUGCCAACAAUGGCGACAGCGACGACAUCUGGCGCCAGCGUUUUGAGGAAGUCUUGGCAUGCCUCGACGCCGCCAUAGUAGGCGAUCGGCCGCCCCGCUACCACAAGCUGGACUUCCCCAAGUUCGACGGCCACGGCGAUCCACUCCCGUUCCUUAAUCGUUGCGAGCAAUUCUUCCGGGGUCAACGCACACCAGAAGAUGACAAGUUGUGGCUGGCUUCGUACCAUCACCUCGAUGGUGCUCAACAGUGGUACACCCGUCUGGAACAAGAUCAUGGCGCACCCUCUUGGCGUCGUUUCUCCGAUCUCCUCAACCUGAGCUAUGGACCGCCAUUACGGUCGGCACCUCUCGGCGAGCUGGCGGCCUGCCGCCGGACGACGACCGUCGACGACUACUCCGAGCGCUUCCUCGACCUUCUGGCCCGCGCCGGCUAUCUCUCCGAGGAUCCACAGGUACAGCUGUGGCCAUGA